AUGCUUCGUUACAAAAAGGGAGAUGUCGUGAUAUCAGAUAGUGAACAAGAGCGUCGAUUGACUAGCGAAGCUUUAGCCACAAUUGUAACAGACCUAUGCUACAAAUUUAAUAUAGAUUUAAAUUGGUGUGUAGGAAUUUGUACUGACAGUUGUGCGGUCAUGGCAUCUGAAAUAAAAGGAGCAGUUCACGAAUUGCGAAAAAAAGCUAAACAUGCUAAACGUUCGCCAUGUAAUAAUCACGUUUUAAACAAUUCUUUGGGUAAUUCCGUAAAAGUCGUCUCGUGCCGUAAUACUUCUGCUACGAUGAGAAAAGUUGUUGCUUUUGCAAAUGCUUCGGCUAAACGUCAUGAAGUAUUUAUUGAGGAAGUAGGCAAUGCAAUGAAGGGUAUUUGCGAAACUCGUUGGGUUGAAAGACAUGAUGGGCACUUGCAAUUUCAAGGCGACAAUUUAGUAAAAAUUUGUAACGCCCUGCAACGAAUUACAGUGUGGAAUGACAGAAAAACUUCUAGUGAUGCUCAUUGUCUACUGCAAGCUCUACGAAGUUGUGAUUUUAUUAUAUCAUCUGUCAGUUUAAAUGAUAUUUUAGGGACAACUGUAUCACUCAGUCGUUUACUCCAGACAGCUUUAGUAGAUUUGAAAACUGCUAUGGAUGCAAUAACAGAUACAAUAAGUAUACUACAGCAAAAAAGAGAAAAUGCUGCAGUCGUUUUCCAACAAUUGUUUUCUGAAGCUAAAGAAAUUGCUGAACAGUUGGACGUAGAGCUGAGAUCUCCUCGCAUAACUGCAAGACAAAUACAUCGGCCUAAUAAUCUACCAGCACAAUCUGCUGAAGAAUAUUACCGCAGGUCUAUAUACAUACCCCUUUUGGACCACAUCAUAAAUGAUCUACAAGAAAGACUUUCUCCUGAAGUGCUAGAUCUAUUUAACUUAAAUGUAUUUUUGCCAAAAUCAACCUAUAAUGAGAAUGAUAUAGAUAUUGUACGUAAGGUCACUAGGUUUUAUAAUGAGCUUUUAGAUCGAGUUCAUGAAUCUACCGUAGUUCAGGAAUAUAAACUUUGGGUAACUAAGUGGCAAAGAGAAUUGGAAAAUGGAAGUAAAAUUCCUCAAACGCAGCAACAAACAUCGAGUGAGAAAGUUGUUUAUUGCAGUCCAAAGAAGUUUUCUGGAAAGUUAUAUUACAAUUGA